AUGCUUGAUGAAAACAACGAGUUGGUCAGAACAUUUAGGCGCAUUCGACAAGAUCUCCAGCUUUCUUCCACACCAAAUCUCCGACUCAGAAUCUUUGGGAUCAAAAAUAGGGAGGAUAGAGAUAUCAUUGUUGACCAUCGAGGAGAAGGGCUGAAACGUAUAACAAGCCUCAACCCAAAAUUCGAGGCUCUUCACUUCCCAUUGCUAUUCCCGUACGGAGAAGAUGGGUUUCAUCCUCAAAUAUCUUAUAAUGCCUCCUUUUGUCCAGCAUCCAUGCGCAGAAUAUUUGUUACUCAAAAAGAGUAUUAUGCUUUUAGACUUCAGUAUCGAUUGAAUGAGGGGCAUACACUGGUUCAAAGUGGCAAGGCAUUGCAACAUUACUGUGUUGAUGCAUUUUCAACAAUUGAACUCAAUCGCCUGGCAUUUCUUAGAACUCAUAAAAAAGAUUUAAGAGCAGAAGUUUAUCAGGGGUUGCAGGAUGCUUUUGCAAAGGGAGACAUGGAUGGAGAAAAACUUGGAAGAAUUAUAAUGCCAUCAUCUUAUACAGGAGGACCAAGAUAUAUGCAGCAACUAUAUCAUGAUGCUAUGGCAACCUGUCAACAUUAUGGUAACCCAGAUUUAUUUGUUACAUUUACCUGUAAUGCUCUUUGGGAAGAAAUUGUUGAUGCUUUUGCAGAUAUGGUUGGACCAAACAGCGAGUUGAAGCCUAUGGUGGUCUGCCGUGUGUUUCACAUGAAGCUUGCCAUAUUAAUUAACGAGUUUAAAAGAGAAUCAUAUUUCAGAAAAACGAUAGCCAGUGAGUUACCUGUAGAUGACCUUUCAUUGUAUAAAAUUUCUUUUAUUGUUUGA